UGUUUAAUGUUAUGUUCUAUGUUCUAUGUUCCAAAAAGAAGUAGAAACAAAUGGUAAUCUGUCUCAGUGAAUAGUGAAUAGAUUAGUUGCUUAUUCUCAUGGAUAAGCAACUAGAAUGUUGGUUUUCUGUGCUACUGCUGGUUACCAGUGUUGUGGUAGCCUUUUCUGUAUUGCUAUUGAUAAGAAAGACGAUGAGGCUUCAUUAUCCACCAGCUUUGCAUGUUGUAGGAAACUUCUGUCUGCGAGGCCCAAAACCCAACGAGGCAUUGUUUGCCCUUUCUAAGCAACAUAGAUACGACGUUUGCUUAAGUUUUAGAGGGCAGGACACAAGAAGAUCAUUUGUAGGUCACCUGCAUGAAUCCUUGGUCACUGCAGGGGUUAAGGUAUUCCUGGAUAGCUAUAACAUUGAAAGGGGAAAUGAAAUCAGCUUAGCUAUUCAAGAGGCAAUCCGGAACAGUGCCAUCCUCAUUCCAAUUUUCUCCAAGAAGUUUGCAGACUCACACUGGUGCCUGGACGAAGUAGCUUACAUGUGCAAAGCAAAUGGUGUGAUCAUGCCCUUAUUCUAUGAUGUCAAGCCAACAGAAGUAAGGAAUCCUCGGAUAGGUGCCUAUGCCGAGGCUUUUAAGGGGAAGAAACAAAGAUACACACAGGAAAGAAUUAAUGAGUGGGAAAGCGCUCUCCAAAAAGUUUCCUCCUUCCAUGGCUGGUCUCGAGAUGACAUAUCCAGAUCUGAUCCAGAACUCAUCAAGCUUGUAGUCAAGGAAGUUUCUGAGAAAUUGGUUCAAAAUGCGACCCCAGUGACUCUGCUCCAGCACUUGGAAGAAGACUCCCCAGAUGCAACGUUUGACCCCAACAUGAAUGAAAAUGGAAGGUUUGUGUAUGAAUUGCAGGGACUGUCUAAGGAAGAUGCUCUUCAACAUUUUAGCUGUCAUGCUUUUAUGAGAAAUCAACCUGAAGAAGGUUACAAAGAAUUGUCAUGCAAAGCUGUAGAUAUUUGCGAUGGGUUACCAUUUUCACUUGAAGUUUUGGGUGCACAUUUGUAUAAUAAAGAUUUAAGCCAUUGGAAACAUGUCAUUCAAACGCUAGAAUGUUCAAGUUACCAUGGCAGGUACGCCAUUCUUAGACUUUGUUAUGAUGGCCUCAACUCUGAACAGAAGGAGAUGUUGCUAGACAUGGCUUGUUUAUUCAUAGGAAGGAGGGAAAGUGUAAUUAGCUUUCGGGAAGUCAGUCAUUUGUAUCCCAAUGUAGGCCUAACAGAAAUGAAGCUGAAGUCACUCAUUAAAUUAGAUGAGCAUGAGAGACUUGUAAUUCAUAGUCAGACAAGGGAUACGGGAAGGGCUAUUGUAGCAGAUGAAUCAGCAGAACCAGGGAAUCGUAGCAGACUGUGGAAGGUAGAAGAGGUUGAACUAGUUUUAAUGGAAGAAAAGGGAGCAGAAAGGGUGAGAUGUCUUACAUACCUUCAGCGAGAUGUAAGACUUCAAACUGAUAGUUUUCAAAGAAUGUGUAAUUUACAAUUGCUUUGGCUUGAUGGAACUCUUGUAGAGGGAGACUAUAGAAAAAUGCCUGCAGAUUUGAAGUGGCUAAGAUGGGAAAACUGCCCUCUAAAAUGCUUGCCAUGUGAAUGGAAUAUGAAACAUCUAGUAGUACUUGAUCUAAGCUUCAGCAAAGGCAUUGAGACACUGUGGCCAGAACCAUGCAAUGCAGAGGGUCUGAAAAACCUCAAAGUUCUUAAGCUAAAUUAUUGUACACAACUUCAAGUCCUUCAAGAUUUAGCCAACCACACGUGUCUCAUACAACUGGAGCUCUGUGGUUGUAAAAUUUUGUCGGAACUGCCAGAGUCCAUUGGAUCUCUGACACAGCUUAAGUACCUUGAUCUGUCAAAUUGCUGCAACUUAAAAUAUCUGCCCGAAUCCCUUAGAUGGUUGUCCUGCUUAGAGAAGCUCUCUCUUCACGGUUGCCAUAAAUUAAGAAGCCUUCCUCAACCGAUAGGAGAUCUGAAUAGCUUGCAGCAUCUGGAUUUGCAUGGUUGUUCACUUUUACAGAUUCUACCCGACUCAGCAUAUGAACUUGAAAGCUUAUGCCAGUUGGAUAUGACUGGUUGUAAAAGAAUCAGCUUAGGAGAGGAAAUAGGGCAGCUUGUACAUAUGGAAAGGUUGAUUCUAAGUAAUUGUGCAGCAAUAUGGAAGUUGCCUAUAUCAAUAGGUCAACUUAAUUCUUUACAAUAUCUGAACCUGAAUCACUGCACUUCAUUGUUUCGACUGCCAGAGGAGUUGGGAAAUCUGGUUUGUUUAAAGGAGUUGGUGCUCAAUGAAUGCUACAAUUUAUUGGAGCUUCCACAGAGCAUCGGAAAGCUUUCUUGCCUACAGACUCUAGAAAUGGAAGAUACUUACAGCCUAUCUGUUCUUCCACCUAGCUUUUUAAGACUUACUUCCUUAAAUAAUCUAAAAGCGGGUGGUUGUCCUCUACCACAACUUGUUGGAAAGUUGUCAUCAUUAGAAAAUAUGCAUCUUAAAUCAUACAAAAUGUCCAUUUUGCCACCAACUUUUGGUACACUUUUGCGCCUGAGGAAACUCUAUUUGCAUCACUGUCCAAAGUUUUUGGAACUUCCUCAUCUUCCGAAGGAUCUCAUUGAAGUGCAUAUUCAUGACUGUUUGGGACUAAAAAAAAUCUCUAGCAUGUCACAUAUGAAGAGGCUUAAGCUUCUGAGGAUACACAACAGCAGGGAACUUGUUGAACUGCCUGACUUUGGGUCCUUGCAGUCAUUACAAGAGCUCUCAAUAUCAGAAUGUAGGAAUGUGAAGCGUAUUCAAGGACUGGAAAGGUUGAAAUCCCUAAGAAGAGUGCAUAUUAUAGGUUGCAGAUUGGCUGGCUCAGGAAGCUCAAUAUUGAAACCUCACCAAUUAAUCAAGGAAACACAUUGUCUAGAGUUGCUCAGUUUUUCAGCAAAUGGGGUUCCAGAGUGCUUAGAAAAGAAGAUGGAAACCAACGGUGAUUAUUUACUCUAUGUUACAUUGGACAGUAACAAGAAAUGUUCAGGGAUUAUUAUGUGCAUAAUGGUGAGGUUCAAGAGUGUUAUUAGUUCAGUGGAUAUAGAACUAAGCACUUUAAGGAAUGGAGAGGAGAUUUUCAAUACCAGACUUGUUAACGAUUCAAAAACUGUAGGAGGAGAUCAGAUAUUUGUACACAUUUUGCAUAAAAAUCACCCCAUGGUUCUGAUGGUGCAGAGUGGAGAUGUGGUCCGGGCAAAGGCAGACAGAGAUGAAGAAAGAAUGAUAAGAAGUGGUGGAAUGCAACUCCUUUCUGAAGGAGAAGAUGGGAAAAGAAAAAAUUUGGGAAGAGAGUUGACAAUAUUAAUGGAAAAUUACCGUGAAAGUCUAGCCUUUGAAGAGGAGGAAUAAAACUGGAUCUGCAAAAUCUUCUCUGUUUACUGUUUUGGUUAAUAUGGCCGAGUUUUAGGAUGGUCUCCUCUUUCUAAGUAGCCUCAAAAAAUAUGAUGGUAUCUGUAAAUGUUUUAAACCAGAAACAAGGGUAAGUUAUCUAGGUCCUAUAUUACAUAUAUGUGAUGUUACAAGUCCAAUAUGAGCAACUGCAACUAAGUCAAUUCAAAUAGUUCACACUGCCCAUUCAAAUGGACUUCAGAUGGAAGCAAACCUGUUUGCAAAACUAUGUAAAUUGUAUAUAAAUAGCGAAAAAAUUCU